GCGCGCGUGUGUGUAUGUAUAUGUAUAUGUAUAUAACAUCAAAAUUGAGAAAAAAAAAUCGUUACAUUUUGCCCAUUUCAUUUUGAUUUUCUCAUCUGAUCUUAAGCAAUGGAGAAAUUGCUCAAACUCAAAGUCAACAUUUUCUCGGGUUCGAGCUGGUCAGCUUUCAACCUAAGAAUCCUAGCUCAGCUCUUCGGUCAAUAUAGAUCACAAGCUUCACCCGUUAUUACUUCGAGUCAAACAGAUUACCUCGCUAAUGUUCUGGUGAUGAAGUUCGAGCACGGAUCAUCCAGGUUGGUUCCUCAGGGGCUCCAGAUUGUUCGGGCCAGCAGCGGACUGGCUGGAAAAAGAGCUGAACAUUCAAACAGGGAAAUCGAUGAUGAGAAGAAGGACGAGAUGCUACCGCAAGCGCCAUAUCCUCCUAAUAAGUCCGGCUUCGGCUUUCCGUCCUGGGCAAGGUGGUUGAUGGGCUCUCUGUUGACCAUCUUGCUGCCAUUUUUGAAGCUCAAAUGGGGGACUAAACUACAGAGGAUCGAAGGAGAGGCGGAAGUGGUGAUGGAAGAAGUGGAGAAGGUGGCAGAGGUGGUGAAGAAGGUGGCUACCGUGGCCGAGAAGGUCUCUGAGGAGGUGGCUGAGGGUAUUUCCUCGGACAACAGCAAGCUGAAGGAGGCGGCUGUGUGGGUCGAGAGAGUAUCGAAGGCAACUGCUCAUGAUGCCCAAUUGACCCAAGACAUCAUUCAUAAGGUUGAUGCGUUGGAGCAUGACAUGAAUGAUUUCGAGACAGUGGUUGAGCCCAUUAUUGGAAAGAUCAUUGAAGGAGGACCCAAAGGAAAGCAAUAGAAGUUGGCAUAAUCAGUAAUGUGCAUCGACCAAUUCAUCAACAAUGCAACGACUUUGUAUUAAUUUUAAUUUGCGAAUAUAUUAUUAGGAAAUAAUAUCGUAUAUUAUUGGCGAGUAGAACACGCUUGGAAAACACAUUCAAUGUGAUCGUGUAUACAUUGGUGUCUUUCGAUAUUUCCUUGUAAUCUUACAAUUAUAUAAUGAUAUCAAGGUGACCCUAUUUGAGUCCUUCAUCA